GGAAAGAGGAAGGAGGAGGAGGAGCCGCCGCGCCACGCCCCCAAGAUGGCGGCGGUCGCGCCGUGCCUGAUCCGGUGAUGAGGCGGCCCCGCUACCGCUGGCCCCGCUCCACGCUGCGGGGCAGCCCGGGCCUGAGCACGCCCCGCCCGCGGGGCUGUCACCGGCACCGUGCGCUGCUGAGCCCGGGGCACGGCGCGGAUGGAGCUGGGCCGGCUGGAGUACCUGCAGGCCCUGGUCACCGAGUUCCAGGCGACGGACAGCGCAGAGGCCAAGGAGCAGGUGCUGGCCAACCUGGCCAACUUCGCCUAUGACCCGCGGAACUACGAGCACCUCCGGCAGCUCCAGGUGCUGGACCUGUUCCUCGACAUGCUCACCGAGCGCAGCGACACCCUCGUGGAGUUCGCCAUUGGGGGUCUUUGUAACCUGUGCCUGGAUAAAAAGAACAAAGACUACAUCCUGGAGGCAAACGGGGUAGAGCCCAUCAUCAACUGCCUCUCUAGCUCCAACGAGGAGACCGUCAUGUCGGCGGUCACAACGCUGAUGUACCUGACGACGCCGCAGUCGCGGCCGCAGACCACGGCGCUGCCCGUGGUGGAGUGCAUGCUCCGCUUCUCCCUCUCGGCCAGCAGAAGGCUGAGCAACCUGGCAACCAUCUUCCUGGAGGAUUACUGCACCCCGCUGCAGGUGGAGGAGGCCAGGAGCCUGAGCAAACACACUGCCGUGGGGAUUCCUCUCCCCAGGGACUGAUCCUGGCAGGAUAGUGCAGAUCAGAGAAUCAGCCAGGUUGGAAAAGACCUUUAAAAUCAUCCAGUCCAACCAUUCCCCAGCACUGCCAAGGCCACCACUAAGCCAUGGCACUGAGGGCCUCAUCUGUAUGGUUUUUGAGGGUGAUUCCACCACUUUCCUAGGGAAAAAAGAGGGAGAUCUCCCUCUGUUUUCCCAGGCCUCCGCUUUCUGCUCAGCAGGUCAAUAGUGGUGCCAGGAACAACCUUAAAGAGGGAAAUUAAUCACACCAGCACUGGGUUUAGUUACUAAAGAGGAUGUAUAGCACUGCCCUGUCAAGUCAGGCCAAGCACACAGCUGAAACUGAAAGCAGAUAUUUAAAAUAGAACAGGUCAUGGCCAUUGGAGAGCAGGGUGCCACGUGCAGCCCAGCACCCAGCCUGCACCAAUAACCCUUCCCAGCAAUGAGUUACUGGGCAGCUUAUAUCCCACCCUGGUUCCUGGCUGGUGUUGCUGCAGCUCUUCAGUGUCAAUUCAAAGGACUUUGAAAUGUCUCAUAAACAUUAUUGCUUCUGCAGAAAAAAUAAGGUGUUUCCCUGCCCUGGCAGUUUGCAGCCUUAGUGCACCUCUUUAGUACCAACUAUGCCAUCCUGUCAUCGUGGCACAGGCUAAUAAAUCACUGCACAGGGCAGGUUGCAGCUAUCCUAUAAAUGGGGAAGUGAAAAGCUGUUUUUCUUUCAUUACCACUGGUGAGAAAGGUGAAUGUUAAAUAAAGGGCUCACGGCAGCCUGGCUCAUGGGAACAGCUGUCUUGUAAAACCUUCUCUUAAUAAAACAUUAACUUAAA